AGCAAAAAUGGUUGUGUUCCUUUUCAAACUCAUCUUCUUUGCAUUGAGCUUCGUAUCGAGCUUGGUUUUGGGCUUGAUCUUCUCUGCUGCUGCUCGUGUUCUAGUAUUAUUAAUCCAUGGAUUCAGAGCACCAGGCCUAGCCAUCCAUGGCACAUUACAACAAGUCACAGAGGUCAUCAGGUCAUGUUCUGAGUACUUUGUGGGCCUUGUAUUGGAAGCAAUAAGUGCUCUAGUCUCAGCUUUCUUUGAUUAUCUAAAACAAAGUGUCACAGGGUCUGCUGGAGUUACCACUUCUGCAAUUGGAGAUCUCAUGGAGAAAACAAAGACUUCGCUUGAAUUGCUUGACGGGUUGCUCACUGAUUUCCCAGAGGUUUCUGAGAUGAUUUUUACCAUGGUGGCUGAUUUGUGGAACAAUUGCAGGGAUGCUUUUGGAUAUGUUGCGGAGAAUGCUUGAUUAUUUUUGUACAUACCUCUUCAAUUGGUUGUAAAAAUGUGUAAGAACAAAUGUGUAUAACAUUUGAGAUCAUCAUACCAACUAAUACUGUCUUAGAUUACUAGAAAAGGUAUAGGAAGAACCAACUUUGCAGGUAAUUCGUUGUAUUUUAUGCUAUGUGUGGGGGUUAACUUGAACCCCCAUGUUACAUUGGAGGAGUGCUACAGUCAAUCAUUCACCCGCUUAAGUGAUUUCUAACCAUAAAUGCAUGUGGAUUCUACUACAGGGUCUACAUAAAUUAACAUCUAGAAAUAGUAGCACUAGAUUCACGGUCGUACUUGAUUGCUUGUAUGUGUGAGGAUUUGUCAGUGCAAUGUGAAGAUGGCCCAAGUAUGAGACCAAAUUACAAACA